UGAUGAUCUCUCUCUCUCUCUCCCUGGUGUAGGAGGGUGACACCAUUUGGUGCGUAAUCAAAACCCAACAAAGAAGCGUGACACCAGUGCAAGCGUCACCUAAACGACUUCACCUGCUAUGAUGAUUCAUGCCCCCACCACUCUCUCCCCUUCCCUCUCUAACAAACCGACAAUCGCUCUCUCUCUCUCUCCACUUACCCUAUCGAGAUUCUAUAUUUCUAUCCAUCCAACAAAACAACGAAGCUUCCUCUUUAGACUUCUGGGACUCGUACUGUGUGGCUUCACCACUGCAUAUUCCUCGAAAAUAAUCCUUUGAUAUUGUCUCGCUCUUAAAAUUGGAUCUUUCUUGUUCUGAUAUAGUAACUGUCCAGAUUUUUUUGGUUGGUUCUUGGCUAGAAUUCGUCUGGGUUUUCUGCGUUAAGCUCAAUAUGGCUACCAGUUCAAGUGAGAUCUAAUUGAUUACCCUUCUGUCUUGAGAUUGUUUAUUUAGGAUCUGUUCUUGAGUUUGUGUGUUUUCCAGCACUUAUCUGGGAUUUUUUUCACCAUGUCUUUUAUUAUAUGCAUCUUGAAAAGUUGUUUAUAUGGUCUUUCUUGAGGAAUCGAUCAGUAAUUGCCAUGGUCUUCGGAUCUCCGAAAGAAGACUUCUUGCCCUUGAGUCAACUCUUUAUAAUGAAUAAAAGUGCUAUUCAUUAUAUUGCUUGAAUUCCUGAUUUUUGGAGACUAAUUCCGUAUCUAGGUUGUUUCGUAAAUUCGUUGUGGAUUCCAUGGUUGUAUCCUACCAGUAAUUGCGUGACCAUUACCUGCAGUAUAGAGGGUGUGACUUUUCCAAAUGGAGAAUCUGUAAGCGAGGCUCAUUUACAAGUUUAAGUGAUUUGUUUGUAUUGAUCUGAUCGGUAUAAAUCAAAUUUGGUCUCAAGGGGAGGUUUUAAGUUCUGAAAAGUUGAUUAAUGGCUAAUUCUGCUGAACCAUCUUCGUCGAUAAGCUUUACUUCAACUUCUCAAGUAUCAAACGGAUCCAUUAGCUACAAUAUAUCGCCCUCUGGUGCUGAGACGGGGUCCAGUCUCGAGAUCAUCAGUUUAAGCAAGCUAAGCUGUAAUUUAGAACAGCUUUUGAUUGAUUCCAGUUGCGACUAUAGCGAUGCUGAGAUUAUUGUUGAGAGCGUACCAGUUGGAGUUCACAGAUGUAUUUUGGCAGCUCGAAGUAAAUUUUUCCACGAGCUUUUCAAGAAAGAAAAGGGGGCAUCUGAGAAGGAAGGGAGUAAGCCAAAGUAUAGCAUGAGCGAUUUGUUGCCUUAUGGUAGUGUGGGUUAUGAGGCCUUCCUUAUUUUCUUGAGCUACCUGUAUACCGGAAAGCUUAAGCCUUUCCCUCCUGAGGUUUCCACAUGUGUUGAUAACGAAUGUGCCCAUGAUGCAUGCAGACCUGCUAUUGAUUUUUCUGUGGAAUUGAUGUAUGCGUCUUCAGUUUUUCAGGUUCCUGAGCUGGCUUCACUUUCUCAGCGGCGUCUUCUCAAUUUUGUUGGCAAAGCACUUGUGGAAGAUGUCAUUCCGAUUCUUGUAGUUGCCUUUCAUUGUCAAUCCACUCAGCUUGUCACUCAAUGUGUCGAUAGAGUCGCAAGAUCAGAUCUUGACACCAUCUGUCUUGAGAAAGAGCUCCCUUUUGAAGUUUCAGAGAAUAUUAAAUUGCUCCGCCUCAACUCUCAGGCGGAUGACAAAAAUGAAAUGCGGCCUCCAGACCCAUUACAUGAAAAGAGAGUAAGAAGAAUACACAAGGCAUUAGACUCGGAUGAUGUUGAACUCGUGAAACUCCUACUUAGCGAAUCCAAUAUCACCUUAGAUGAAGCCUAUGCUCUUCAUUACGCUGCUGCCUACUGUGAUCCAAAGGUAGUGUCUGAGGUGCUUGGUUUAGGUCUUGCCAAUGUCAAUCUUCUAAAUGCUAGAGGUUAUACAGUGCUUCAUGUUGCUGCCACACGUAAGGAGCCGUCAAUUAUAGUGUCACUUCUCAACAAAGGAGCUCAUGCGUCAGAAAUGACAUCGGAUGGGCGGAGUGCUGUUAGCAUUUGCCGAAGGCAAACAAGGCCUAAGGAUUACCAUGCGAAAAAGGAGCAGGGGCAGGAAACUAACAAGGACCGGAUAUGCAUUGAUGUUUUGGAGAGAGAGAUGUGGAGGAAUCCAAUGGCUGCAGAAGUGUCAAUGUCUUCCCCUACAAUCGCUGAUGAUUUGCACAUGAAGCUGUUAUACCUAGAAAAUAGAGUUGCAUUUGCACGAUUGUUCUUCCCUACUGAAGCCAAGCUAGCCAUGGAUAUUGCACAUGCUGAGACAACAUCUCCAUAUGCUGGUCGUCUGGCAUCAAGAGGUUCAAGUGGGAACUUGAGGGAGGUUGAUUUGAACGAGACGCCCAUAAUGCGGCAGAAAAGGCUGCAAUCAAGAGUGGAAGCUCUUUCAAAAACAGUGGAGAUGGGUCGACGAUAUUUCCCUCAUUGCUCACAAGUUUUGGAUAAGUUCAUGGAGGAUGACCUACCUGAUUUGUUAGAUAAGGGGACUCCAGAGGAACAGAGAAUCAAGAGGACACGUUUCUUGGAGCUCAAGGAAGAUGUUCAGAAGGCAUUUAACAAGGACAAGGCAGAGCUUCACCGCUCUGGUUUGUCUUCUUCAGCGUCCUCUUCUUCUAUGAAAAACGGUGCUCAGCACAAAAUUAGGAGAUUGACAUGAUAAGUUACAAACGUCUUUAAAUAAGCUUAUCACAGUGUAUACACAGUUUUGAAGAAAGUUAUAGUGAGAACCCUUUGUAUAUCGGCUCUCUGCUUGUAUAAUAUUUUUGAGGUGAAGAAAAUUGCUUCUUCAACCAAUCUUGCAUAAUUAAGUUUGUAAUGCAAUUAUUAGAAAAAGAAUAAUAGUGCUUCCAUAUAAGGUUUUAUCAGGGUAGUGUUGGUUUUAACA